CAGUCUGGAGCGAAUGGCGGCGGCGGCUGAAGCGGCGAGUUCUCCCUUUUCGCCUCUCAGGGUGACGAAGCCGCCCAGGGAAAGCGAGGUCUUGGCCACCACAUUAGUGAACAGUGUCACUCAGGCUCUGACUAAGUUGCUGGAUUUAUGGAAUGAAAUGGGCAUGAAAAAAGAACUGCAACUGGAGCGGAUGCAGACUGUGAAGACCCACAUUGAGACACUGUUGAAUGAGAUGCUUGAAGAAGAAAGUAAUUUGAAAGAAAAAAUCGAAUAUGACAUUGAAAUACAAAAGAAGCAGUUGAGUAUAAUCAGAAGCGAACUCAAGCUAGAUGCUUACCAGGUUGAAGAAGACUUAUCCAUCCUUCAGCUUGAACGAGAGUUCCGCUUGGCUUUAGAAGCUGCUCUGAAAGAGAAAAAAGAGAGAGUGGAGAAGUUGAGAUGGUUGCAGCAAGAAGAUCAGGCACUGUGUUCAGAGCUUUGUGCCACCCCCUACUACAUUCCUACAGGCAGUGUUCCCUCUUCCUUGGAACUGAAAGAACUUGAAGAACAUGUUCAGAAUCUCUUGAGAGUAAAGGAGCAAAGAUUGGAGGAGUUCUUAAAAGUAAGAAGAGAAAUCAGACAGUAUAAUAAAGAAAUUGGACAUGAACCAGAUGGUACAUUGGAAAAUGAGAUGUUAUUUGAAGAUGAUGAAUACAUUUGCCUUACAAAGAAGAAUAUUGAAGAGCUCAAGUCGCUUGUUUGUCAGUUGCAGGUCAAGAAAGAAUCCUUGACUGCCAACCUUGAGGCAGUGAUGAAAGAAGUUCAACUUUUAUGGGACAGGUUUCAAUGGCCUCAAGAGCAGCAGGCAGAACAUAAAAGAAUUACAAGCAAAUGCUCAAUUUCUGAAGCAUUGAAGAUGUGGGAACAAGAGUUACAGAACCUAGAAGAGCGGAAGAAAGAGCAACUGAAGGAUCUCAUUUUCAAAGUCAGGCAACAACUUGAUGGCUACUGGAAGAGGUGUUUUUAUAGUGAUGAACAAAGAGCUGUAUUUCAACCUUUUUAUAAUGAUGAUUUCUCAGAGGACUUAUUAAAUCAGCAUGAUGAGGAACUUCUGAAAAUUAAACACGAGUAUGAGAAAAACAGAGGUCUGUACGAUACUGUACAAAAAUGGGAAGCCACAUGGGACCGUUUCAUUGAAUUGGAGAACAAAUCAACAGAUCCAAGCAGACUUCUGAACAGAGGGGGUAACUUGCUCAAAGAUGAAAGGGAGCGGUCAAAGAUCCAGAAGCAGUUGUUAAAAUUGACUGAAGACUUGAAGAAAAGUAUUGAAAAUUGGGAAAAAGAAAAUGGCUCUGACUUUCUUAUCAAUAAUGAAAGGCUUUUAGAAUCCAUAGACCAUCAGCUGGAACAGCACAAGGUUAUAAAAGAUCGGACAAAAAUGUCUGUGAAGAGGAAUGAAUCAACAGUGCCAAAAUCGGGGGUUAAAAGACCUGCCGGUGCACAAACACCAACUCCCAACAAGCUACGCAAGAAAGACCUAUCAAUGAAAUCCAGCAGCAUCAGAUUUUUCAAUUCUGCGUUGAAGGAGAACUUGAAUUGAUGAGCCUACCUCAACUUCAGCUGAAACACAGCCUAAUGUCGUUUGUGCAUGGGUUCCCCAACCCCAUCCAUGGUCAUCACCAUUUUCUUUGGUUCCCCAAUGGGAACUGAACAAGGCCACACACCCAUUGCCCUCCUGUUUGAAGAUCGCCGGCAAGUAAGUAAUCUUGAACUUCUUGUGUGCUAUCACCUCUUGGUAUGGUUACAAGAAUCUCUGUAGUGCAUGGGCCUAGAACCUUGCCAACUGGGGGACAUCUAGACAGGAUACCCUCAUCCCCAGCAGCUGAGCCAGGAGCAUCGCUUCCACCUCCUGGUUGCUUAAGACCUCUGUUGCCAUCAUCCGAAUCUUUGUUGCCUUUCCUGUGACAGAAAGACUGUCUUGAGCCGUGUCUAUCACUAUCCCCAGGUGCAAUAUUUACUGGGUUGGAAGGAAAACUGCUCUUUCCCUCGUUGAACACAAAACCAUAAUCCCGCAGGCAGGCUACUGUCAGUUUCACCACUUCCACUCCUAGUAGCAGGGAUGGAGCCAUGAUCAAGAUGGUGUCCAGAUACAGAAAAAGGAGCCACUCUGCAUUCUCAUUUAAUAAUAACUGUGUUUCUAUGCUGUACUUCUAGGCAGAAUAGUGCAAAUCAGAUACAAGGUCAGUAUUAUCUUUAUCCCGCCAAAACUGCUAUGGAGCUGAGGCUGAGAGGAGUGGCUUAUCCAGAGCCACCUUCUGAGCUCAUGGCAAUUAUGGGACAUGAACAAGCAGAAUGCUGAUUUGCGGCCCAGUGGCUUUAUCACUCGCCGUCACUCUGAAGUGAUGGGGGGGGGGCAGUAGAACCUUUUCUGUGCGAGCUGAAUGCUGUUCUUCAUCCAAAAUCGCUGCACUCUUUAGAGCACCACUGAAGACAUCCUGCUCAGAAGCCAGAGCUAGAAAGACUGGCGAUCCCUGGGACAGGCCCCU